GUCCACAUCCUGCCAUUUACUUGCGCUUGCGCAGUCCUGCGAGUCUGACCUUCAUCGAAGUAAUUAUGUUCGCCAGGACCAGCGCGUUGGUGUUCCUCCCACAAUGUGGGCAGGUCAGGAACAUGGCUACCUUGAAGGACAUCACCAUCCGUUUGAAGUCCAUCAAGAACAUCCAAAAGAUCACCAAGUCCAUGAAGAUGGUGGCCGCUGCUAAGUAUGCCCGCGCUGAGAGGCAGCUGAAGCCCGCCCGCGUCUAUGGAAAUGGUGCUGUGGCCCUGUACGAGAAGGCUGAGAUCAAGGCCCCGGAGGGAGUGGCCAACAAGCACCUCCUGAUCGGUGUGUCGUCUGACCGUGGACUCUGUGGCGCCGUCCAUUCCAAUGUGGCCAAGGCCAUCAAGGCCAAGAUUGCUACCCUCACCGGCGAAGGCAAGGAGGUGAUGGUAGUUAAUGUGGGGGACAAGCUGAGGAACAUCCUGCAGAGGACACAUAGCAAUUACCUGCUGCUCAGCUGCAAAGAGGUGGGCCGCAAGCCCCCCACCUUUACUGACGCUUCCAUCGUCGCCACGGAGCUGCUCAACAUGGGCUACGAGUUUGACCAGGGUGCUGUAAUCUACAACAGAUUCAGGUCUGUGAUCUCCUACAAGACUGACGAGAAGCCCAUCUUCUCCAUUGAUACUGUUGCUAAUUCAGAGAACAUGGGCAUCUAUGAUGACAUUGAUGCUGACGUGCUGAGGAACUACCAGGAGUUUGCCCUGGUCAACAUCAUCUACUUUGGUCUGAAGGAGUCCACAACCAGCGAGCAGAGUGCCAGGAUGACCGCUAUGGACAGCGCCAGCAAGAACGCCUCUGAAAUGAUUGAUAAGCUGACCCUCACCUUCAACCGUACCAGGCAGGCUGUCAUCACCAAGGAGCUCAUUGAGAUCAUCUCUGGAGCUGCUGCCCUGACCUAAAUCAUGUGAUCGUAGGUAAAAGAUACACUUACUGGACACAGAAAGGAAGAAAAACGUGCUAUUCGGAAAACCAUCCAACUGUAGUCUAAGAUAGAAUAGCUCCCUCUAGGGCCUAGUGUGUUCGACCAUGUAUCCUGUGUUUUGUUAAAAGCUGAUUAAAAAGCCUGUUAUUCCCUCACAUUUACUGUGAUAUUUUGGUUGGGUAUUUUGAUUUCAUCCCGUUUAUCUGAAUGCGUGUUCUCUGUGGUUUCAGAUAAAUGGACGAGGUCCUCCUGCCAUCCAUCACCAGUGGUUCUGGAAUACAUGCUUCUAAAUACUUCAAACGGCUGUCGUCGAGAGUUUAUGAACAUUUGUGCUUCUAUUUGUAAAAUAUAUGGGGGGAAAAUGAACCUCUUACAGAGAAACAUGUUCCCUUCAGAUGUCCUCCUAGUUCCACUCACAAUAAAUCCUACUUGUGACCAUGAAAAAGAUGAGUGUUGAGAUGUUUGAACAUAAACAUAGGCUACAAUUUUA